AUGAGGUUCUCUACCUUAGCCCUCCUGGGCCUCGUCGGCACAGCCUUCGCCAGCGAGAUGGACCUACUCAUGGAGAUGAAGACCGCAGAGCGUGAGGCCAUGCGAUCACGCGGCGACUUCGCCAAAGGCAAACACGCCCGACGGGAGAAAGAGAAGUGCAAGGACGGCAGAGCGGGCGAGUACGCCUGCGAUAACGUCGACAUGCUCGACUUCAUCAGCCACGAGGAGAUGGGCAGCACGACUCGCGAGGGCAACGAUGUAUGGGGGUGGACCUCCCCCAACGGCCGCGAAUUCGGCGCCGUAGGCCAAACCGACGGCACGGCCUUCGUCGAAGUGCGCCCCAACGGCGAGCUUACCUACCUAGGCCGUCUACCUACCCAAACGGUCCCUUCCCUCUGGCGUGAUAUGAAAGUUAUCGACGGCUAUUGUUAUAUCGGCUCCGAAGCCCCCGGCCACGGCCUCCAAGUCUUCGACAUGCGGAAGCUGCUCUCCAUCAAGCUAAACGGAAACGACGCGAGUGGACCCGUCACCUUCAACAUCGCGACGGACCUGACGGCCUGGUUCCGCGGCUUCGGAUCCAGCCACAACAUCGUUGCGCAUGAGGAGGCCAAGAUGAUCUAUGCUGUUGGGACCGGGCGCCGCACGCCGUGCCAGGGGGGUUUGUUCAUGGUCGAUGUCUCGGAUCCCGCGAACCCGACGUCUCCGGGCUGCGCGAACCAGGACGGAUAUGUCCAUGACGCGCAGUGCGUAUUCUACAACGGCCCGGAUGGCAAGUACAACGGACGUGAGAUCUGCUUCGCGUACAACGAGGACACGCUGACCAUCAUGGACGUGAGCGACAAGAAGGCUCCUGUCGUCAUCUCGCGCACGCCGUAUGUCGGCGCCGCGUACACGCACCAGGGCUGGUUAGUGGAUGAGAACGACAUGUCAUUCCUGCUGCUGGAUGACGAGCUCGAUGAGAUGCGCGGUACAGGCGCGGCGGCGAAUGGUAGAACCACGACGUACAUCUUUAACAUUACGAACCUUGCUGCGCCGAUCAACACGGGGCUGUAUCAGAGCCCCGUCAAGGCCAUCGACCACAACCAGUAUGUUAUCGACGGGCUGUCGUACCAGUCAAACUACGGUUCGGGGCUGCGCAUCGUGGACGUCAGGGCUGUGGAGGCUGACCCGAGUGGGAAGAGCUUUAAGCAGGUGGGCUUCUUCGACGUUCAUCCUGAGGAUGAUGCUGUUGGUGGCUCAGUCGCAUUCGUCGGGACUUGGAGCAAUUACCCAUAUUUCAAGUCUGGGCACAUUAUCGUUAACAGCAUUGAACGGGGGCUGUAUUCUCUGAAGUAUACCGGAAAGAAGUAG